AUGGAGAAGGGCGUUGCCAACAGCGCGCACGCGAGGAGCGGGACGCGGCGGUGGAGAUCCGCGUCGACCAGCUGGAGAAGGCGGUGGGAACUCAGGCGACUUCGUCCUCUAUGGACGCCAUCCAAAUCCAGGCGCAGGAGGAGCGCACUACCACCCUCGACACCCGCCUCACUUCGCUGGGGGAAGAUCUGCAACACCCAGUCCCACGCCGCCGUUCUCUUCGACAUCUGUGCUCAGGAUUUCGAGCAGAGGAUCGCGGAGGCGGAGCUGCGGAUGGGCGACCUCGAGCUGCUUCGCAUCUACGAGCUGCAGGAUGAGCGCGACGAAAGGGUUUCGGCCCUGGAAUCCGCUGCGUCCGUUCUGGAGGAAUGGCGGCCGUUCGUUGAGGGGACGCUUGACGACGUGUGCCUCGAAGUUCCACGCCUCAAGCAAAAGUUCAAUUCGUGUUCGCAGCCGUGUGUUCCUAUGAGUCGCCCUCCUGAUCCUCCACCACCACUUCCACUGAGUCACUACUAUCGUCCAUCAAAUCAUCCUCCUGACCCACCCCCUCCACCAAUUCCACCGCAUACCUUCUAUUGUUCACCUCAUCCUGCAUACACCUACCCAACUCCAUCAAUCCCUCCACCAAUUCAUCAGCAAUUCGUUGCUAGUCCGCCCUACCCCAAUCCUAUUACAUCGCUUCCACCACACCAUAGCCAGUUCAGUGCUCCUGUUCCGCAUUCCAGUCAAAUUCAACCCAUCACAACUACUCUUCUUCUCCAUCCCAAUCAAAUUCAACCCAUCACCACCCAAGCCCAAUUAUAUCCUAACUACAUGCAUCUUCCAACAUUCCCAACUUACCCCACCCAAGCCCCUCUUCCCCACGACUUCAACCUUGGGCACCUUCCUAAGACGAAUUCCCCUCAGUUUGAUGGCGAUAACCCUCAGCUCUGGAUCACCCGUGCCCAAAAUUACUUCGAAAUGUACUCUGUUCCCCACCAAGUUUGGAUUAGAGUUGCUACCCACCACUUCAUCAGUGCUGCUGCUCGUUGGCUUCAGUCUGUUGAGUGUAAUCUUCCUCAUGAUUGGCAAACCUUCUGCCACAUGAUCCACCAAUGUUUUAGCCGAGACCAGCACAAGCUUCUCAUCCGCCAACUCUACCAUAUCAAACAAAUCACUUCUGUCCAAGACUAUAUUGAGCGCUUCACCGAAUUGGUAGAACAACUCUCAGCCUACGCUACUCCUGAUCCCCUUUAUUACACCACCUGUUUCAUUGACGGCUUGCGACACGAUAUUCGUUCCAUUGUCAUGGUGCAAUGCCCUUGCGAUUUGGACUUUGCCUGCACUCUUGCUCUGUUACAGGAGGAGGCACUGGAGCCUGGCCACAGAAGAGAUUUCAAGAAGUCUGACACUUCCAUUUUCUCCAAGACGGCCAACAUCAAAGGGGCUUUACCUCUCCCACCACCCCUACCUCGUGCUCAUGUUGCUACUGACGAGAAGAAGGGUGCUCAUGCUGUUCCCGGUUCAUCUACAGACGACAAGCUCUCGGCCUUGCGUUCGUACCGGAAGGCUCGUGGGUUAUGCAUUCGGAGACUGACAGACAGUACCUGCGAGCAGCUGACUGAGGAGGAGGGUCACCUGAACUUGCUGUUAUCUGUUGCUGCUUCCACCGGUCAGCCCUCACGGCCUUGCGUUCGUACCGGAAGGCUCGUGGGUUAUGCAUUCGGUGUGGAGAUAAAUGGCACCCAGGCCACAAAUGUAAUCUUCAACUUCAUGUGUUGCAAGAAAUUUUUGAUCUCUGCCAUGAGGAUUGCCAGGAGACUGACAGACAGUACCUGCGAGCGGCUGACUGAGGAGGAGGGUCACCUGAACUUGCUGUUAUCUGUUGCUGCUUCCACCGGUCAGCCCUCAAGUUGCACUUUGCAGUUUCUGGGAACUCUGGGAGGUCUGACAGUCCACAUCUUGAUUGACUCGGGCAGUAACCACUCUUUUCUCAGUUCUACUGUUGCAGCUCAACUUCAAGGAGUCACUCCAACAACUAGGCCUGUGAUAGUGAAGGUGGCCAAUGGAGGUUCUAUGCAGUGUUCUGAGGAAAUUCCUUCAGCUGAAUGGUCUGUCCAAGGUUAUACUUUCCAUUCAAACCUGAAGAUUGUCCCACUCAGCUCAUUUGACAUGAUAGUGGGUAUGGACUGGCUUGAAGCCUUUUCCCCAAUGAAGAUUCACUGGCUACAGCGCUGGAUUUCACUUCCUUAUGGAUGCUCUACUGCUGUCCUUCAUGGGAUAUGUCAUCUCCCCCUCAAGACUGUCAGCUGUUGCAGUUAUUCAUGGUGGCCACAGACUCACCAUCUGAUCGGCCAGAGACAAUACAUCCUGACAUACAGCCUGUGCUCAAGCAGUUCGAACAUCUGUUUGCCGAGCCCACAGAACUACCUCCUCGCCGAGAAUGUGACCACAAAAUACCUCUGGUUCCUGGAGCAAGUCCUGUAUCAGUCCGGCAGUACGCGCUAUUCCCCAGUCUUGAAAUCUGGAAUUGAGACCCAGGUGUCAGAUAUGCUUCAGACAGGAUUUAUUCAUCCAAGUAAGCCUUCUCCUCUCCUGUUCUGA